UGUGGAAUAUUUGCCUCUCCUAUUAAUACCACUUACAACCCAAACCCUCUAAUUCCAAACCACACUCACAGUUUUUUUUCUCAUCUUCUCUUAGCUUCAACAAAUCAAUCAUUACACCUUCAAAUCCUCUUACAAUUUUCCAACUUUGAUGGCUGAAAUGGAACAUUCUGCUUCUUCUGAUGAUGUCUCUGUGGACUCUAUAGCCAAGGAUACCAGUCAAGAAUCAAAGGUUGAAUUUUCAGAAGACGAGGAAACCCUGAUUAUUAGGAUGUACAAUCUGGUUGGAGAGAGGUGGUCUCUUAUUGCUGGGAGGAUUCCUGGAAGAAGUGCAGAGGAAAUUGAGAAGUAUUGGACUACAAGAUAUUCCACAAGCCAAUGAAUAUGCAGGAAAAGCUUUGGUGAUUUCUCUGCUAGAGCAAGAAAAUUUUUGGGGUUGGUGUUUGUAUUGUUUGGUUGUGUUAAAUUUGUCUGUUUUCUUUGCUCCAAGAAAGAAAAAUCUGGGUGUUGGUUUCUAGUUAUAGUUUGUACAAUUAUUCAUAUUGGUAUAAUGAUGUUUGGUGUUUGGUUUGCAGUUA